AUGAGAGGUGGUGUUCCAAACGCAAAGAUCGCCGUCUACAAAAUAUGUUGGAGAAUAAGAAACAAAAAAGGUAAAGAGGUUCUUGUUUGUCCACAACAUAAAGCCUUGGAGGCAAUAGAGGAUGCCAUCAAGGACGAGGUCGACGUAAUUUCGUAUUCUCAGGGGUUGGAUUAUCCGGUUCCAAUGCACAAAGAUUGUGUCUCGUGGGCAUUUUUAAGAGCAGUUGAGAAAGAUAUUUUGAUUUCAACCUCCGCCGGAAACUUCGGCCCUAACUACUACGCUGUGGUUAACGGUGCACCUUGGGUAAUGACCGUUGCAGCGAGCUUGAAAGAUAGAUUCUUUGAGACUAAGUUGGAGCUGGAAGGAGAAGAUAAGCAUUUACUGUAA